ACGCGCUGUAACGCGCAACGUCACGAAACAGGAAGAGAAUUGUCAACUUCGUGCUUCGCUCAUAAGGUUCAAUGACGGAGUGAGAGAAGACUUACACACACACACACACACACACACACACACACACACACACACACAAACACACAGACAUAUACACAAAUACACACACUCACACAGACAUAUACAUACACACACACAUACAAACACACACUCACACCCUCCCCAAUACACACAUCAUGGCGAUGCUGGGCAGCUUUGGUGGAACUCGGCGAACUGCUAAAAGCCUCGGUGGAGGUGCAGAAAGGGACUUGACCGAGUUUGUCUGUCCGGUUUGUCUGGAGAUAUUUGACUCUCCGAUGACUACAGAAUGUGGACACACGUUCUGCAACCGUUGCCUUCAGGAGUGUUUGCGACCCAAGAAGCCAGUGUGUGCUGUGUGUAGAGCUGCUUUGGACAAAUGGGGGAGAGCCAUCGAUCUGGAGGAUGUGAUCCACCGCACACCCAAACCGUGCAAGGGCUGUGGGCAAGAGAUCGUGUUGUCAGAGAUGAGAGCUCACAUGGGAAGCUGCACUAAAUACCAGGACUACGUUCAGGAAGGGCUGAAGAACAUCUCACACGCUCAGCCCGAUGCGGUCAGCUCGGUGCCUAACCGCUACACCUUCACCUGCCCCUACUGUAGCCGCCCCAACUUUGACCAGGACGGCCUGGUAGAGCACUGUAACUCCCAGCAUGCCCGGGACCCACGCCAAGUGGUCUGUCCGAUCUGCGCCUCCAUGCCGUGGGGAGAUCCAACAUACAAAAGCUCAGACUUCUUUCAGCAUCUCCGGAGAAGACACACCUUCUCCUACGACACUUUUGUGGAUUACUCUGCAGACGAGGACACGAUGAUGCAGGAGGCCAUCCAGCGCUCACUCCUGGAUAACUGAGGGUUCUCCAGAGAACAGCAGAAUAGAGAAGAACCUGUCUAGUCUGUGGUUUACAACACGCCUUGAAUCAUCACUGAGCUCCAGGGUUUAGCCACAAUAUUUUAGCAGAAGUGUGUUUUUUGUGUUAUUCUGUUUAACCAAAGCUGACCGUGUGUGAGAUUUAUUAUGGCUAUCAAAUAAUUGGCGUGUACAGAGUCUGAGAUUAAACAAUAUUUAGUCAGAUAUUUAGUGUCAGCGUGUGUGUGAGCGUGAGAGCGUGUGCGCGUGAGAGUGUGCGUGUGAGUGUGUUCGUGCGUGCGUGUGUGUGUGUGAGCGUGUGUGCGUGUGUGUGUGAGAGUGAAAGAAAGAUUAACCAAUCAGAUCACAGCCUUAUUGUGAACACAAUACAACAGUUAAAGUGCACAAUGUGUAAGAAAUGCUUUUGAAACAUAGAGAUAAUUUUUAGUUCAGUUUGAGAAACAUCUUUAUUUUCUCCUCUCUUUCUUUCAUGCUUUCUUUUUUAAUGCAGUCUAUUUCAGUGCCUUUUCAGGUCCCAGGUUCAGGUCUUUAUAUUCCCAGUUCUUUCAUCUUUACAGACAGAUAUACAGUUGAUGAUGAUUAAAAAUAUACUCCUAAAGAUAUCUUGGCUGGAUUAUUUACACUCUUUAUUCUGUAACAGGAAAUUAAUUCCACAAAAAAAUAAAAAAUAAAAGUUAAAAAAUGACCUGAA